AUGGCACACGAAAGCGCCCCGAAAAGAGUGCGACACAGCCUACCAGCCGUUUUGAUGCGUGCUGGUACUUCAAAAGGUCUCUUCAUUCAUCGUCACGACUUGCCAUCUUCCCAAUCAGCGUGGGCUGGCCCAUUACUUGCCGCCAUGGGCUCUCAAGGCUCAGACGCUCGACAGAUUGACGGCGUAGGAGGGGCUACUUCAACGACUUCCAAGGUUGCAGUUGUUUCGCCAUCAUCACGAAUGGGCGUUGAUAUCGAUUACACUUUUGUACAAGUAGCAGUGGGUCAGGAGGCAGUCGACUUCAGCGGAAACUGUGGAAACAUGUGCGCUGGUGUAGGACCAUUCGCGCUACAAGAGGGGUUAGUGCGUGCAAGUCCCGGAGAGAAGACGCUCGAUGUACGGAUCUUCAAUACGAACACUUCGCGGGUCAUCGUCGAUACUAUUCAAGUAGACGAGGACGGGUCGUUUGAUGAAGACGGAGACUACGCGAUACCCGGCGUCAAGGGAACCGGAAGUGAAGUAAAAGUGGCCUUUGUGGAUCCUGCCGGGAGCAUGACCGGAACUCUCUUUCCUACGGGGAGACGAUGUGAUACUAUACAUGUGAAAGGACAAGACGGCAAUCGAUUCUCAGUCAAGGCGACGUUGAUAGACGCAGCGAACCCUUUCGUCCUAAUCGACGGACGAACAUUUCCGUCAAGCCUGAGGAGGGGGAGCAAGGACACGGCCGUCUACCUCAAGGACAUGGAGUCAAUACGAUGUACUGGCGCCGUUUUGAUGGGUCUUGCUUCUGAUAUAGACGCUGCUGCAAAGGUCCGUGGUACACCGAAGCUGGCAAUCGUUUCAUCUCCUCAACCAGGUGACCAUGGCCCGGAAGGCACGCCGGACGUUCAUGUCCAAGCGUUCAGUAUGGGCAAACCCCACCCGAGCUUGCAACUCACAGGUGCGGCAUGCUUGGCGUCGGCAGUGUGCAUAGAAGGUACUGUAGCCCACGGACUUGCAUCCGGCAGCAAGGUGCAGUCCUCCUGGCAGUCGUCUUCACCUGAGCGGACACCGAGUCCCUGCUCAGACUCUGAUGGUAGCUCUUCGGAUCUUCUACCGAGCCAAAGGAGAGUCUGUCUUUCGCAUUCGAGCGGGUCGAUCAGGGUUGAUGUUCUGGCAACCAGCUCGGAGUCGUUUGCUUUUGUCGAUAGGUGCGUUGUCUCGCGGACUGCUCGGCGGUUGUUCGAGGGGAAGCUCUGGACGGAUAGGCCACGUUGGACGGCGGCGCAACAGUCGACUCCUGGCCAUGCCAACAUGUCAAAAGCAUCCACGUCCUCAUUGCCCCUCUACAAUGCCGCGGGCCUGCCCUCCAAGUCUUCGCGGCCCUCUUCGCCCAUGCUGCAGCCGCCAGAAGCCAUCAAGCGCAGCACCACGCCCUCAUCAAUAACAUCUGCCCAUUCCCUCCUCUCGGCUCAGGACACGGCCCACAAGCUCUCGACGUCGAUUACACAUGGCCUCUCUGCUUCGGACGCCUCGGCGCGCAUCCACACCCACGGCCUCAACGAACUCCCCCACGAAGAGCCCGAACCGCUCUGGCUUCGCUUCCUCAAGCAAUUCAAGGAGACGCUGAUCUUGCUGCUGCUCGGGUCCGCUGCUGUCUCCCUCAUACUGGGCAACUUAGAUGAUGCUGUGAGCAUUGCAGUGGCUGUGACCAUCGUGGUGACAGUGGGCUUCGUGCAGGAAUACCGCUCGGAGAAGUCAAUUGAGGCGCUGAACCAGCUGGUUCCGCAUUCGGCACACAUCAUUCGCGCUGGGGUCGAGCAACCACGGAACGGUCGCAUACCGAAUGGUACGGCAACUGACGACGUUGAGUUGGAGAAUCUGAAGGACACCACUUCGGCCCUGUCAGCUGCGGAGCGGAAGUCGACUACCAUAUCUGCGACACUAUUGGUACCUGGCGACCUCGUCCUUUUCCACACUGGAGACCGUAUACCCGCCGACAUUCGUAUCACGCACGCCGCAGACCUCAGCAUCGACGAGUCGAACCUCACCGGAGAGAAUGAGCCUGUCUCCAAGUCGCCAGACACCAUCACACCCCCACCGGGCUUACAACGACCAUCUUCACCUUUCUACGCGUCCGAAGCCGCAGGAACGGUCGGCGCUGAUAUACGACUGAACGAUCAGAAGAACAUUGCUUUCAUGGGUACAUUGGUUAGAUCGGGUUACGGACAAGGAAUCGUCGUCGGUACAGGAGGCAACACGGAGUUUGGUGCCAUUUCUGCAUCUCUACAGCAGAUCGAAAGCCCGCGGACGCCUCUACAACUUUCCAUGGACCGUCUGGGCAAAGACCUGAGUUACAUGUCUUUUGGAGUCAUUGCCUUAAUUGGUCUGGUAGGGCUGUGGCGCGGUUGGAAGUUCAUUGAGGUCUUCCAGAUCGCCGUCUCACUCGCUGUCGCCGCUAUCCCCGAAGGACUGCCGAUUAUUGUCACUGUCACGCUUGCGCUGGGUGUGCUGAGGAUGUCCAAACGCGACGCCAUUGUUCGACGGCUACCUAGUGUUGAGACGCUGGCUUCUGUCAACGUCGUGUGUACUGACAAGACGGGCACGUUGACCACGAACCAUAUGACCGUUACGAAGAUAUGGCACUUUGACGAAGCAGCACCGAUUGACGUAAAGACGAAGCACGACUCCACGGACCUCGAUUCGCCGACCCGCAACAUACUACGAAUUGGCAACAUUGUCAACAAUGCCCGCUUGUUGAGCGACCAGGCAGCCUCCGCGUCCACGGCAGCGGUUCUUUCUUCGACUCUAGGAGGUGACGACAAUACAGCUGCCAAGAGCCGAUGGGUCGGUCAACCUACCGAUGUCGCGCUCUUAGACCUGAUGGAUGCUUUUGGGGAAGACGAUAUCCGGGAAAGACUCGGCGAACGCAAGUUCGAGACACCGUUCAGCUCAGAGAGGAAGUGGAUGGGGGUCGUCGUUGGCGGUAAUUCUGGCAACCUCACCCCUGGAUCUGAGCACGCAUACAUCAAAGGCGCACUGGAACGGGUUCUGGACCGCUGUGAUACGUAUGUCACGGCACAAGGGAAAGAGGUUGCACUGGACCAGGCACGCAAGCAGGAAGCGAUGAAGGCCGCCGAUGCAAUGGCGCAAGAAGGCUUACGCGUGCUCGGCUUCGCAAGUGGUGCAUCCAAAGGGAAAAAGAGGAAUGCCAGUGGUACAGCCUCACCUGCACCAUCCACCAGCUCGGCACUUGGUGACGAUGAACAAUACCGUGGUCUUGCGUUCGCUGGCUUGGUUGGCAUGAACGAUCCACCGCGUAAGGGUGUAGAGAGAGCCAUUCGGAGACUCAUGGCCGGCAAAGUCAAGGUUAUCAUGAUUACAGGAGAUGCAGAGACCACAGCAGUCGCCAUCGGCAAGAGUCUGGGUAUGCCAAUUAUGCCAAACUCAGCACUUGGACGCUCAGUCAUUCGUGGUGACGAAUUGGAUCACAUGAGCGAGGAAGAGCUUGCACAGGCUAUUGCGACAACCUCGAUCUUUGCGCGAACUAGUCCUGAGCACAAGAUGAAGAUUGUCCGGGCACUACAAUCACGAGGCGAUGUUGUGGCAAUGACUGGUGAUGGUGUCAACGACGCGCCUGCACUCAAGAAAGCAGAUAUCGGUAUCUCCAUGGGUCGACUGGGCACGGAUGUCGCCAAAGAGGCCGCAGACAUGAUUCUGACAGAUGACAACUUUGCGACCAUUCUCAAUGCGAUCGAAGAGGGCAAGGGCAUCUUUUACAACAUCCAAAACUUCCUCACCUUCCAACUCAGCACCAGCGCGGCAGCACUGAGCUUGGUACUCCUUAGCACAUUCCUCGGCUUCCAGAAUCCGCUCAAUGCCAUGCAGAUUCUGUGGAUCAAUAUCCUUAUGGACGGUCCACCAGCACAGUCCCUCGGUGUAGAACCCGUCGACCCAGCCGUCAUGGCGCUACCCCCUCGCCCACGCCACGCCCGCGUCCUAACCCGCCCCCUCAUCCAACGCGUCCUCCAAUCCGCCACCAUCAUCAUGCUCGGCACCCUCACAACCUACUACCUCGAGAUGUCCACCGACAACCUCGUCACCGCCCGCGACACAACCAUGACCUUUACCUGCUUCGUCCUCUUCGACAUGUUCAACGCACUAACGUGCCGCUCCUCCAGCAAAUCCGUUCUUGCAGGCGAGAUUGGUGUCUUCGACAACAAGAUGUUUAAUUACGCCGUCGCGGGCAGUUUGCUUGGACAGCUGGCUGUUAUUUACUUUCCACCGCUGCAAAGCGUUUUCCAGACCGAGGCCCUGGGUUUGGGCGACCUCGCGCAUCUUGUUGCGGUGGCGAGUUGUGUAUUUUGGGCGGACGAGGGGAGGAAGUGGUAUGUUAGGUGGAAGGGACGGAGAGGGUAUGGUGGAGGGUAUAGUACUGUUGUUUGA